CAAUCGCAGGGUGGGCGUGGGCAGCGAUUGAGCAUUCAGGAACACCAACAUUGUACUUACUGUACUGACAACUUUCGGCUUUUCCCAAGACGCCAUUGAAACUUCAAGAUGAAGUGCACAGGUUGUGGCCAUGUUGCGUUUGAGAAAACGGCUAGAUUCUGCAGCCAGUGUGGCCAUCAGCUAUCUGCACAACCAGUCACCAAGGAGCCAGACAACACACUGGAGAGUGUGAAUGAGAAGACAGAAAUGGAGAGUGAUGUGUCAACCCUGAAUAACCGGGAAACUAACACUUCUCCGAAGCGGCCCAAUGAAGAGCCCAACAGCAACCCUAAGAAAAAGAGAAAAAAGAGGAAGAGGAAGAAGAAGGACGGCAGCCCUGGGUCAUUGGACUCUGACCAGCUGACCUCUGACCUGUCUGACAUCUCCCUUGUGGGCAGCCAUGUGAAUAACAGGAAACAGGAAGUUGCGGAGUCCUCCGACAGCGAUGCCAGCGCCAUGGACGAGACACCCAACUCACUUCAUGACACGUCUGCCUUAGUGGAGAAACCAGCCAGUGCAUCAGCAUCAUCAGCAGCACCCAGUACAGUCAGUCCAUCUGGGAACACGUCUGACAAUCAAGAUCCUCCAAGCACUGCCUCAUCACAGCCUGAGGCCAGCGCAGAGAGCCAGCCUGCCGCAGGGAAAUAUCAACAGAGCAGUGAAGAGAAAGACCUAUCUCAGUCACCUACAAAACAGACCUCCAAGUCGGCUCCGAAUGACACUCCUGCCUAUCUCACCGACUCGGCUGGCAAAUCCACCACCACCAUCCCUCCUCUUCAGUCAUCCUCAGUGGUAUCGGCGAAGACCACUGACCAGAAAGCUCCAAAGGCUGCUGACGCGAAGACCGCUGUCCAGAAAGCUCCGAAGGCUGCUGACGCAAAGACCGCUGACCAGGAAGCUCCAAAGGCUGCUGACGCAAAGACCGCUGACCAGGAAGCUCCAAAGGCUGCUGACGCAAAGACCGCUGACCAGGAAGCUCCAAAGGCUGCUGACGCAAAGACCGCUGACCAAGAAGCUCCAAAGGCUGCUGACGCAAAGACCGCUGUCCAGAAAGCUCCAAAGGCUGCUGACGCAAAGAGCACUAAGAACAAGAAAGACGUGGCCAACUCAAAGCAGACGAACCUGGACCAGAAUGCGAACGUGAACCAGAAUGCUAAGCAGAACCAGACCAGACAGGACAAACAGAAAGGGACAGAUGAUCAGCAGAACCAGGACUCGAAGCAAACCACCGCUGGAAAUAAGAUGGUGUUAGGCUCUCAGAAGAAAUCAGAGGUGGAGAGCAAAGGCUCCAGUGUGGACCCACAGGUGAAGGUGGAGAACAUGGAGGUCCAGCAGCAGCCUUCCCGUGGGGGAGGAGACGCCUCCUCACCUACACCACAGAGCCCAGGCGUCAAGAAAGAGAAACAGAAAGACAACAAAAGCGACGACUCUGAAACCAAGGGUCAGGAUGUUCCACCACCAAAAAGGAUCCUUCCAGGGAAAAAACAGGUCUCUGCAAUUGAGAGACUCACAAUCUAUUUCCACGCUGUCCUCUCAAAGGAUUUCAAGCUGAACCCGGACGAGGACCGCAUCUUCAUCAGGGCUGGGGGGAACAUUGGGAACUGGGAUACCGAUACCGUUGAGCUCACUGUGUCUAAGAAUCUUGGAGAGCAUGGGUUCCUAGUCGAAGGGAGCUUGAUCACAAGCAAAUCUAAUGCAACCGUGUCCAUACCAUACAAGUACCUCGUCUACAAGCUUAAAAAGCAAAAGUACGAGUAUGAGUACAUAUACAAACUGGAUUCUACCUACCCCACCACCAACAGAUGUCUUUUUGUCAAAUCCCAUCUGCUUAAUGAAGAAGGGGACUGGCAUCAGUAUGAUGACAUCAUCUGUGUGGAGCCAUCCAAGAACGUGCUCAAGCGGCUUAAAGACGCUUUUUGGUCGGAUCAAAGGAAAAGUGUCAUCGAAGGCCGAGAAAUCGCAGGGAAGAUUAUGCUGGAGAGUAUAUUUGACCUCCUCAGGAGCUGGACUGACAUUAACUUCAAGAGUUUCCUCAAUCAGCUGAAUCAGUUUUACCAGAUCUAUGGGAACCCGUUUGUCUAUGAGGAGACACACAAGAAAUGGUACUCCUUAGACUACGACGAAAAAGAUGUCAGGAAGCUGCUGAAGCAGUUCAUGCUGGAUAACGUUGUUCCUCAGCUGCAGAAGGAGGGUGAGGGGAAAAGCUGCUUCAUCCAGGACCCCAUGAGGGCAGCCGUGGUCAUGCUGUACGUGUGGAAGCAGUUCGGCCUCAGGCUGGACCACGGAGAGUCCACCCGGCUCUGCACCGCCCUGUGCUUGCCCAAGCUGCCCAAAGACUCCUUCCUGCAGUACUGGACCGACUUCGCCCAAGCCGUCUCCGGUCUCAAAAACUUGCCAGACAUGUUGGUGGCUCUGAUCAACAGUGUGAAGACUGAAGGGCCCCGGUGGAUUUUGGUGCUCCCCCUGCUCCACCUCCUCAAAGGAUCCUCCAAACCGUUCACACCCAUAUCUACCACUGUCACCACCAAGUACGAGCAGUCCUGGGCGGGCCUCCAAGGCCUCAAAGCAGACAAGACACUCAACAGCCAGGACAGGAGAGCGAUGUUGAAUCUCAUGAAAAACAAUGGCCAUCUGGUUGAGAUGGACAGACUAGUGUCUCGGUCCUGGAUGUGUCUGCUGCCCAUAGAGGACCUGAUGGAAUGCAGCGUCCUCAUCAACGUGGACCUGCUGGACCUGCUCCAUGUCUUCACUCUGAGGGCCCCUCAAGAUGUCACCUAUAGCAACAAGCAGUAUGUGUCAGACACUCUCUCACAUAUUCAAAGCAAUCUCAUCGAGGAGAAAUACAGUUGUUUUAGUGAGGCGUAUGGCAGAGAAUGCUUGGCAACAGCAGUGAAACUUUUUGAGAAGAUCUGCAAAGGAGUCCGAUCCACUUCAACCAACACUCAGAACUUCACAGACAUCCCUGUGGCAUGCAUGAACACGGUUGUGUCUGUAUCUGAGUUUGCCCGGGCCUUUGAGUCACAGGCAACUAAGGACGUGGAAAGAGAGCAUAUUCAUGCCAAGGAGCUGGAGCUGCUAUCCGAGGCGAUGGUGAUCGUCAGAUCCUGGAUCGGCAAAACCUUCAGAGACCGGUUGCUGGCCAGGGGUAUGACCACCUUGUACCUCAGUGUCAAUGUCACCACAGAGAUAGAGAUGUGGAACAACAUAAUCUCUCUCAAGUUCGCCAAUGACGAUUUCACAAAAGAAUGGAGACAAACGUUCACUAGGGACUUGGAGGGCAAACUGAAACAGGAGUCUCCUCUGGAUCAGAUAGAGAUCUACUGUUCCAAGAUUGAGGUCCUGAAUGAAUCUCACCCUCACGUAGCCAAGAGUAUCGAGAAAUGUGCCCUGGAAGCUGUCACCUCACUGUGCCAGAGCAAGUCUGAGGGUAAACUCUUUGACCGGUUGAAGAUAAACUGGAAGUUUGGCAAACUCAUCUCAGCCAUCAUCCAGAAGUCCUGGCCGAGAAACGAGCGUGGUGAUUACCACGAAGACGAAGACGUGGUCUUUCAACACCUGCUCUCCUGGACAGCCGCCAAGAACAUCUUCCAGCUACACGGUGCAGAUGAAAAGCUGAUUGAGCAGCUCUCUGAAGAAGCCAGGGACAGGAUGGCCGUAGCUAUCUCGUCCUUCACUGCCAUCUCCAACCAGCUGGUCCACGGAAACAUCCGGAUCAAACUGCUCAACUCCGUCUUGGAGAAGAGGGAUACCUUCACAGAGCUGCUGAAAAUAGACUGUCUUUCGGAGAAUGAGCGCUACAAGGACAGCGCCCCCAUGAAAAGGCUGCUAAUGUGUAGGCAGGAGGAGGUGAAAGCUGUCUACCAUGAGAAGGAGCUGGUGGAAGUCCUGCUUACUAUGAGCCGCAAACUACAGGAACAUGUCGUAGUUCAAUUUGAAGGCUUGGAAGCAAGACUUCAGACCAACAUUGAGGCAAUGACCCUUGACCAAUUCAUGGAGGUCCAUGCAUUCGAUCAACUCUCUUCUCCAACGGACGGUGUAGUCACCUUCUUCGAACUUGAGGACGACGUGAGAGAGAUGGCAGAGGUUCUGCACAGAUUUAAAGACAGCUACAUCUUCAAGUUGUGCUGGGAGACACAGGCCCAAGACCUUGCCAGAGGAGAUACAUAUGAUGAAGAACCUGAGGAAUCGGUUGACUACUUUGUAGGACCAGUCGAGAUACACAGUGAUAUUUUUCUUCCUUGCUACGCGAAGUACGAUAAGAUCUACAAAUGCCUGAAGAACGGCAGCCUUCGGCUCGAAGAGGUCGAUACUCUCUUCAAGGCCUACAGGGGCAAGUACGAAGAGCUGGCGCAGGACUUUGAUAUCAUGUGCAGAAACGACAAGUCGGAUAACAAACAGUGGAUCCAGAGAAGGGUGCAGCAGAUUGAGCAGUACCACGAGCUUCACCUGGCUGUGGAGUCUGCUCAGGUCAUCAUGUUGGUCAAGCAGACGCUCAACCUUCAAGGCAACUUCCAAGUCCUGCAGACACUGCUAGAAGUUACGCAUGAGGACUUUAAGAGGGAGCACCUGGAUCGUAUUGACAAUGACCUGAUGCAAACAAAGCUGGUUCUGGUGGACAUCACAGAGCCCCGCAGACUGUGUCUCCAGGAGCUCGGCCUCAGGAAAAAUUUUGUUAUCUGGGUUAAAGAGGCUCUUGAAGAUAUCAACGAGCUUAAAGUGUUUGUUGACCUGGCUUCCAUCUCUGCUGGGGAGAAUGACCUCGACGUGGACCGUGUGGCCUGUUUCCAUGAUGCUGUCCUGGGUUACUCUCCGAUGCUGUACGAACUGAAGCCAGACUCCGGUUUCCAGGCCUUCAAGGAGGUGCUGAAAAAGCUGUGGAGGGCAUUGGAUAAUGACAACAACCUCCCAAAGAAGCUACGUGACACAGCGCGCCACCUGGAGUGGUUGAAGACUGUGAAGGACAGCCAUGGAUCUGUGGAACUAUCCUCUCUCUCCUUAGCAUCAGCCAUCAACAGUAAAGGGAUCUACAUCAUCAGUGCCCAGAACCAAAAGAAGUUGAGCCUGGACACGGCCCUGAAACUGCAGAUCCCAGAGGAGCACGACGAGGGCCAUGAGAUGCGCCGUUACUCCCUGGAGGACCUGAGGGAACUGCAGAACAAACUCAUGCUCAUGUCUGGGAAAGGCGACCAGGGCCAGUGUGAGGUGGACCAGUUUGCAGAGGUUUUCGCCAGUGUCCAGAGGCUAGCUGUGGCAUUCAUUGCCCUGUUCACGGCAGGGAACCCCCUGUUCAGACACUGGGAGGCCAACAUCAACUGUAGUUCCCUCAGCCAAGACGCCGGCAUCUUCAUGGACUUCAACCUUGGCAGCAUUGUCAGUGAGAUUAUGGUGGAUGGCAGCAUCGUGGAGCAGCUUCCUGAGCUGUGCAGGAAGAUGGAGAAGUGUCUGAAGUACUGGAACGACUUCAUGGACAAACAGAGAUCCCACAAUUACUACCUGAGCUACUACACUGCCGAGCAGAUCGUAUACCUGUGCAGUAAGCUGACUCAGCAGAAUGUGUCGAAUUUGGAGGAACAAGUUCUCAUGAUGCUCUCCUUUGUCAAACCCAACUGCACAGCUUCCAAUCUUAGGCAAACCUGGCACACACUGCAAUACGAGAUCCUCACUAACCCACCUGUGCAAAAUGAGGACGUUGACUUCCAGACUUUUGUUGAGGUGCCGAGCGGUGUACAGGGAGGUCUGGAUUUCAUUGGAGAGUUGAAUCUCUCUUCAGACAAUCUUCCAAGUCUUGUGGAGCAUAUUAGCGGCUCAGGAAAGUUGGACUUGAUGUGGAACGCCUACAUGAGAGACAUGAAGUGUUUCCUCCCAGACACUCUCGACGUCCGAAGCUUCGGAAGACUGCUAGAAAUUCUGGCCAACAUAAGUGAUGAGAAUGAAGGAGACAUGACUGAUGAGAAGAAAUACAAAAGCAUUGAAAGAUUGAUGCCCAAGGGCCUGGCUAUCGGAAGUCCAAACCUCAUAGUUUCCCCACACGACGAGAUCCUGACGUCUUGCAUCUCCAUUUACAUGAGCAGCAAACACGAGCCGCUGCCCACAUACGACGAGGUCCUAUUGUGCAACUCCUCCACACCUUACGAGCAGGUGGAGCUGUUCCUCAGACGCUGCCUCACUGCCUGCUACAGAGGAGAGAAGAUUUACACCAUGCUCUACGGCGAUCAGCUGAGCUACGAAGUCAGCUCCAAGGUGGAGAGCUUUUUCCAGCGAAUUAAAAUGCAGAGCAGGAAGGACUACAGGCUCGUGAUCAUCUGCAGCUCGGACAGAGAGCAUGCCUACCUUCCCUCGGCCUUCAGCCAGUACAGGUUACACAUGGUGCCCCAGGAACCCCUGAGCAGCAUCCAGAGAUACCUCAACAAACACUACACGGUCCCGUCAGAUCAGAGCAGUGCUGCUGCUGUGUUCAAGGACAGAAUGUUUGUUGGAGUUGUGUCGUCCAGUAGAGCUGGAGUUGGUAAGUCCCUUUAUAUCAAGAGGCUGUAUGAAAAACUGAAACACUCCACCAAGAAGCCGUCACUGCUGAAAUGCAUCCGCUUGAUCGAGCCAAGGGUUGAUGAAAAUGUUAUUGUUCAGUCCCUGCUGACUACCCCCAAGUCGAAAGAGCUCAUCAUCUUCCACUUCGAUGUCACAUCUUCGGUGCGGAAAGGCCUCUAUGAGUUUCUCUUUAAACUGUUGGUCUUGGGAUAUUUGAUGGAUUCUGAGGGAAGGAUGUGGAAAUGCAGCAACAAGCAGCUUUAUGUCAUUGAGAUCCUACAGUCAACAGUAAACUUGCCCAGAAAUGGCCCAAGAGCGAAUGCAAGUGCCAACUCCACAUUCCUGGAUGUGUUCCCAAAUGUCUUCUGCCGCCCACCAAAAGAGGUUCUAGAUCAGGAAAUGAGGAUGCUGGAGGACCCCUCCGUUGUAAAGCUUGAAGACCCAUUCAUGGAUGACAAAGAGUUCAGGAGUGAAGCAUACCAACGACCCUACCAGUAUCUGACGCGUUUCCAUAAUCAAAUUGACCUGGACACCUUCAUGUACAAUGGGGUGGAAGGCACCUAUGUAGAAUGUCUACAGAUGCUCUUUAUGUUCUGUGGCAUAAUGGACCCAUCGUGGGCCGAGUUAAGGAAUUUCGCAUGGUUCCUAAACCUUCAACUACGAGACUGUGAGACGUCAGUCUUUUGUGAUGCCUCUUUCACCGGGGACACCCUCCAGGGAUUCAAGAACUUUGUGGUGGACUUCAUGAUUCUGAUGGCCAAGGACUUUGCCACACCGUCCCUCAGUAUCUCUGACCAGAGCCCCGGGAGGCAGCAAAUGGACCUGACUGGGGUCAGCGACGAAGACUUGGCACCCUUCCGGAUCAGAAAGCGAUGGGAGUCAGAACCACAUCCGUACAUCUUCUUCAACGAUGACCAUGUGUCCAUGACCUUCAUUGGCUUCCAUCUUCAGCCCAACGAACAGAACUCUGUUGACGCCAUCGAUCCAUCCACAAGAAGGGUGAUCAAAAGAGACAUCAUGUCCAGAGAGCUGUAUGAGGGUCUAAAGCUACAGAGAGUCCCUUUCAAUAUCGACUUUGACCAACUGCCCAGAGGGGAGAAGAUUGAACGCCUUUGCAACGUCUUGGGAAUCCAGUGGCCUCUUGAUCCUGACGAAACGUAUGAGCUCACCACUGACAAUAUACUGAAGAUGCUGGCCAUCCACAUGCGGUUCAGGUGUGGCAUCCCAGUCAUCAUCAUGGGGGAGACAGGCUGUGGGAAGACAAGGCUCAUUAAAUUCCUAUGUGAGCUUAGGAGGAGCGGAGUGGCCACGGAGAACAUGAAGCUAGUCAAAGUUCAUGGUGGAACCAGCUCAGACAUGAUCUACACCAAAAUCCGGGAAGCAGAAGCCAUUGCGGUCACCAACAAACAAGAAUACGGCUUUGACUCUGUCCUCUUUUUUGACGAAGCCAACACCACGGAAGCCAUCAGCAGUAUCAAGGAAGUCCUCUGUGAUAAUACAGUGGAGGGAGAGUGUUUGGUGCCCCAUUGCGGCUUGCAGAUCAUCGCCGCAUGCAACCCUUACAGAAAACACACUGACGAGAUGAUUCAGAGGUUGGAGUCUGCUGGACUGGGAUAUCGAGUCCGAGCUGAAGAGACUGAUGAGAAGCUGGGCUCCAUCCCUCUCCGCCAGUUGGUAUACAGAGUCCAGGCCUUGCCCCCCAGCAUGAUACCUCUGGUGUGGGACUUUGGCCAGCUCAAUGAUCACACUGAAAAAAUGUACAUCCAGCAGAUUGUCCAGAGGGUGGUUGAGACCAACACGAUCGAUAUACUAUACACCAGGUUGAUCGCGGAAGUCCUGUCUGCUUCGCAGAGGUACAUGCGGACAAGGAAAGACGAAUGUAGCUUCGUAAGUCUGAGGGAUGUAGAACGUUGCAUGCAAGCCUUUGUGUGGUUCUACAAAAACCAUGCGAUGCUGCUUGCUGAGCUAAAUCAUUAUCAGAGAAAUCAAAACGCAGAGAGGAGUGAGAGGAACCAGAGGGAGCCAGAAGCAAGAGACCCAGUCUUGUGGUCUGUAGUGAUGGCUCUGGGAGUAUGCUAUCACGCCUGCUUGGAAAACAAGGACAAGUACCGACAGAGAAUCUGCAAAUACCUCACUGAAACCUACACCCCAUUCAAAGUGAUGCAGGAGAUCUCCCUCAUGCAGGAUCUCCUUCUGAGCGGAGUGCCCUUGGGGGAAACUAUUGCACGAAACAACGCUCUGAAAGAGAAUGUCUUCAUGAUGGUUGUCUGUAUAGAGCUUAGAAUCCCCCUCUUCUUGGUGGGGAAACCUGGGAGUUCAAAAUCUCUGUCUAAAACCUUGGUGGCAGACGCCAUGCAGGGCCAAGCCGCACACUCUGACCUCUACAAAAGGCUUAAGCAGAUUCACCUGGUGUCCUUCCAGUGCAGCCCUCACUCCACACCGGAGGGCAUCAUCAACACAUUCAAGCAAUGUGGUCGCUUCCAGGAGGGGAAGAACCUGAAGGAGUAUAUAUCUGUGGUGGUGCUGGAUGAGAUUGGCUUGGCUGAGGAUUCUCCCAAAAUGCCCCUGAAAACUCUCCAUCCUCUGCUAGAAGAGGGAUGCAUCGAUGAUGAGCCACUACCUCACAAAAAGGUUGGAUUCAUCGGCAUCUCCAACUGGGCUUUAGAUCCUGCGAAGAUGAAUAGAGGCAUUUUUGUCUCACGUGGCGACCCCGACGAGAAAGAGCUGAUUGAGAGCGCUAAAGGCAUAUGCUCGUCUGACACAAUGAUUUUGGAGAAGGUCAGGGAUUUCUUCCAACCCUUUGCCAGGGCCUACCUAAACAUCUGCCGUAAACAGGGGAAAGGUUUCUUUGGUUUGCGUGACUACUACAGCUUGAUAAAGAUGGUUUUCGCAGUGACCAAGGCUUCCGAACAGAGGCCUAGUGCAGAGAAGAUCGUGGAGGCGGUCCUCAGGAACUUCAGUGGCAGGGACGACGUGGAUGCAGUCACAGUCUUCACCCAAAGGCUCCAGAAGAUACAGAUCAACCUGAAUCUGGAGAGCAUCAGCACCAUAGAUCUUGUCAGACAAAACAUUUCUGCGAUUGGCCAGGAGGACGAGUGCCGCUACUUGCUUGUUCUGACCAAGAACUAUGCAGCACUACAGAUCCUGCAGCAGACUUUUUUCUCUGAGAGCUGCCAGCCAGAGAUUAUCUUCGGGUCUAGCUUCCCCAAGGACCAAGAGUACACCCAGAUCUGCCGCAACAUCAACAGAGUCAAGAUCUGCAUGGAAACCGGUCGAACCGUCGUGCUCCUGAACUUGCAGAACCUCUACGAAAGUCUCUACGAUGCUCUGAACCAGUACUACGUCUGCUUGGGAGGACAGAAGUACGUUGACCUGGGACUGGGGACACAUCGUGUCAAAUGCAGAGUACACAAAGACUUCAGGCUCAUUGUCAUUGAGGAGAAAGAGGUGGUCUACAAACAGUUUCCAAUCCCUCUCAUCAACAGGCUUGAGAAGCACUAUCUGGACAUCCAUACAGUUCUCAAGGAGGAACAAAGAGCAGUUGUUGUGGAGUUGGAGAAAUGGGUUGGGCAGUUUGUGGCCCUCAAUAACCAACACUCCAUGGCCCCCCAGACAUACAAGUACCUACCUCCUGACGUUUUCAUUGGCUACCAUUCCGACACGUGUGCUUCGGUGGUCCUCCAAAUGACAGAGAAACAAAGGGGAGAGACAGACAUUUCCGACCCCCAAAGAAGAGUCCUGGACGAGGCCAAACUGAUCCUUCUGAACUGUGCCACUCCGGACUCGGUGGUUCGGCUGGACUGCACUGGUCUCCCCAGGGUGGAGAGUGAACAUCUGGCCAGGAUCUACUUUGAGGACCAGAAGCACAGCUCUUUGGCCGACUUCAUCUUCUCUCACACUCAACAGGACGAGCAGUGCCAUUCCUCCUUCACAGAGGUGACUACCUUUUCCAGACUUUUAACAGCAUCAGAUGUUGGACCACUGGAAGAGGUUGUGACCAAUGUCGAGCUUCUCUCUCUUCAGCAGUUUGACACGGAGCACUCCUUCCUCAAGAAGAUCAGUCAUUUCCUCACAUCUGGAAAUGGGAGAGAGAAUACAUCUGGCAACAAAAUACUGAUCAUUCAGUCAGAUUUUGAUGAAGCGUCGCAUAGUGCAAAUCUCAUUGCCUCCGCCAAAUAUUCUGCCAUCAAUGAAAUCAACAAAUCAAGGCAAGAGGAGAUGGGAGGCAAGGUCUUCGUCUACUUCAUUACUAAAUUGCCGAGAAUGGAAGGAGGGACAUCCUAUGUCGGAUUUCAUGGAGACCCCUGGAGGUCGGUUCAUAUUGAUGACCUCAGAAGAUCGAAAGAUAUUGUGUCAGAUAUCAAAGCCUUGAGAAACCUUACCAUCAGUCAACUGUUUGAGGAGAAAAAGGAUGAGCCUGAAGCUAUGGAGGUAGAUGACAUGUACACUGAGACAGAGCAACAGGAACAUGAAGACCAAACAAGCUGGGGGAGUGUUGUGGACACCACGGCGCUGGUACGUAGCUGUGUGCAGAGUGCAGUGGGCAUGCUCAGAGACCAGCUGGAGGGCGGAGUCCGUAGCACCAGGAGAGUGGAGAUCCUGCUCACACUCCUGACUGACAACCAACAAAUAAGAGCUGAAUUUCUGAGGACCGUGAAGAGACGUCUUCACUCGUUGCUGUCGACCCAUGAUGACAACACGCUCAAACUGUGCUCAAAUAACUGGGUCAUCAAGGAGGCGUCCAACAUUGACGCACUGCAGGAAGGAGGGACAUUCAGACACACCCUAUGGAAAAGGGUGCAGGCUGUGGUUAUUCCCUUCUUGGCCCAGCUGGUCUCUGUCAUCGACCGCGACCGCAACCUGGACAUUCUGCUGGACUCCAACUCUGGAGAGGCGGUUAAGAAACUCUGGUUGGACAUCUUUGGGAACGACAAACUACUCGAGGUUCCCUACACAAGACUGGACCUCAAUUCAGAGUCAAAGACCAUCCUGGUCCAGAACUACAUUGGGCUGGACAAGAACAUCGGCUGCAUCAUGCCCUUCAGCUGGAGGAUCAGGGACUACCUGGAUGAACUCUGGGUCCAUGCUCUCCAGCAUGAAGGUCACACUCAGGGCCAGUUUGAGGAGUUCUUUAGGAAGACCCCACUGGGCCGCUACAUCUCAGAGGCAGACCCGGAGAUGCAGGCUGAGUUCUUCCACAGGUACCUGCAAGAUUUCAUCUCCAUGACCAUGAGUGUGACCUGUCAGGAGGAUCUGCAGCUCCUUUGCGGUGCCUUGACCUGUUGUGUGAACGAGCUGCGGCUGCGUCACGAUGACGUCAUGGGGAAGGAAGUGACCUCGCUGCCCUGGGUCCACGCUGCCUACCAUGAGUUUAAGAACCGCCUGCAGAACCUGUCCAGGAUGAUCAGCAUGGAGCCCCAGUUGGCCCAGGUCCUCCGGGGGAACACACAUGCCAGAGAGGGGGAUGAGCUGGUGCUGGACGUGUAUGCGGCCGUGGCCUGUGUAGAAUACCUGGAGCCCCAGGCCCUGGACACGGACGGCCAGCGGCUGGUCUGGCUCAGACAGGUCAAGAGGCUCCAGGUUCCCAUCGAGUUGGUCUGCUCCGAGGAGAAUCUGAGACACUAUAAGGACAGGAGCAUGGCCAUGGUCCACAGAGUUCAGACCGGGUGGAACCGCAUCGUCACCUUGUCUCUGUUUGUGGAGCACAUGUUACUGGGCAUCGAGGCGGUGGAGAAGAAGCUGAAGCCUCUGGUCUUGGAGCACACCAGAGGGUUGUGCCAGAUCCUGGAGAAGGACUCUGACCUGAAAAUGAAGAAGCCGUUUGAGGCAGUGAUCGGUAUACUGAAAGCCUGCAAAGACGGAGCAAUGGAGUGCAUUUUCAGGUUUGGCCUCCAGCCGUGCCCUGUGUGUAUGAGCGACCCCCAUGACCCCCUGAGCCUGCCGUGUGACCACAUCUACUGCCUGGUCUGCAUCAGACAGUGGCUGGUCCCAGGUCAGAUGUUCUGUCCUCUCUGCAUGCAGGCUGUGCCAGACGACUUCGCUCUCAGGCCCUCUGAAGACAUAAGAGUUCUGAUCAACCAGACAGCCCGCUUCAGGAAGCAGUGCAACGCCUUCUUCAUAGACCUGGUCUCAACAGUGUGCUUCAAGGACAACUCUCCCCCCUGCAGUGCCAUCAUCCUCCACCUGCUCUCCUUCCUCAUGGUGGAGGUCCACUCUGUGCCCAUCAUCAGAGGUGCUCAUCGUCAGAUUCUGACCAAGGCCCUCUCUCCCUUUGACGACUCUGUUGACAAAAACCCAGUAGUUCGGUCGGUUGUUCUCAAACUCCUGCUCAAAUACAGCUUUGAUGACGUGAAAGACUACCUGCAGCAGCACCUGACAGCAGUUGAACAGAGCAACAUCUUGGAGGAAUCAGACAAGAAGGAACUGUAUUGUCUGUAUAUCAACUGUCUGGAGGAUUCCAUGUUUGAGCGGAUGCAGUGCCACACGGCGGCGGAGCAGCAGGCCUGCAUGCAGGAUGAGAGGGUCUUCCUGGGGGACUUCCUGCAGUUGGAUGCCGGCCACGCAGCCACCGUAGAGUACCUGCAGCAGGUGGCCAGGGUGCGCAUGGGGCUGGACAGGGCUGCAGACCUGCUGGUCCACAUGCUGUCUGCUGCCACAGGAUCGCAGGAGGAGUCUCCUAACGGCGUUGCGGCCUUCCUGACCAGUGUGGUAGAACUGUGUAGACGCAGCGGGAAUGACUGGUACCGGGUCUACCUCAUCCGUAAGAUCUGCAGCCAGCGCGGCGUGGAGUUUGUUCAGACACUCCUGAAGGUGGCUGACAUCCGGUGGUUGUUCCCUGCUGAAGUUCUGCAGCAGAAUGAAGAUGGCAGCCAGAUAGACCAAUAUCUUGUGUGUGGAGAGCAUUACAAGACGAUCCGAGAUGCUGUUGCCAAGGCAAUGAUGGAAGGCAAACUCGAGGGAUUGGACAACGCUUGUGAGGGCUGUAAAUGUCCUCCACAGAAGAAGGCAGUCUACCUGCUCCUGGCCCUGUUCAGAGAAGUCACCUCUCUCUACAGAUCAGCCAAUGACAGCUUCCAUCCUAAACCUGUGCAAUGCCAGGCCCUGUUGGCAUUCAUCCAGGCCUCCAAGGUGCUGGUCAGCCCAGAGGUGAGGGCCUUCGCCCAGGCCCUGGUGGCCAACCGGCUGGGGCCCCUGGAGGUCCGUCCCGGGGCCUCUGGGGCCCAGUGUGUGGUGGUGGAGCUGAGCGUUCACCUGGCUGCAGUGCUGCUCUGUGGGAACCAGGGUCUACUGACGCCCCUCCAGCAGCUGGCACUACUUCCUGCCAACAUGCAGAGAGCCUUCCUCCCCACCAUGCCAGAGGACAUGCUAGCAGUGGCUCACAAAGCUAUGGGGCAGCUGCAGUGGUACUUUUGUCCCAACAAUCACCCGUGCACCAUCGGUGAGUGUGGCCAGCCCAUGGAGAGGAGUCGCUGCCUGGACUGUGGCCUUGAGAUUGGAGGGGACAACCACAUAGCAGUCCCUGGCUUCCAAGCCGUUCAGAUUCAGGGUGACCGCACCCAGACCGGCCACAUCCUGGGAGAGCCCAGGCGGAGAGACAACCUGGACAUGCAGGACACCAAGAACAUGUCCCCAGUGCCCUUUAACCUGCUGCGCCUGAUCACACACAUGGCCAUGCUGCUAGGGGCCAGCAGUCACCCCCAGGUCAUCGGUGCCAUCAUCAAGCCCCCAGUGCCCGACCCCGGUGCGUUCCUGUGGGCCCACCUGUUGAAGGACAUGGAGCAGGUGACCAGGUCGCUGGGCAAGGGGUCUGACGACACGGUCAACACCGUCCACCUGGUCAUCAGCAGCCUUCUGGAGCCCCACCAGCCUGGCCAGUGGCCUGUUCCCUAUGACAACCUGCUCUCCACCAAGGAGGCCCGAAACGGCUGGGAGACCACCGUCAGCAAUGACAUCAUCACACCUCAGCUGAAGCACCUGGACAGGCGGCUGAAGGAAGUGAACGCCUUCGUCCGGGCCGACUUACGGGUCUCCUCCAACCCUGUGAUGAGGCUGGUGUUCGGGGACCCGCGCCUCUUCCUGGCCUCUCUGCCCCGGGAGUCUCUGAUCCACAGUUCGGCUGUGUGGAGCUGCAGGGAGCGGGUGUCUCUACUCAGCCUCACCCACAUCGUGGAGCAGCACAACGGCAGGGACACUCUGCCCAUGCUCUGGCGGUUCCUGCAGAGGGAGGCAGAGCUGCGGUUGGUGAAGUUCCUUCCUGACAUCCUGGCACUGCAGAGAGAUCUGGUGAAGAGGUUCCAGAACGUGACUGACCUCACCUGCCGUACCAUCGCUGACUUCCUUCACAGCCAGAAAGCAGCCUCCCUCACAGCCUGGUACGAGGAACGGGUCAAAAUCUUCCUGACAACAUGGAAUCAGCUCCGGGUCUCCCUGGCAACCAACGGUGAGAUUAAAAUCCCUGGCGAGUUCUGCCGGGAGGACCUGGACCUGACCAGUGACUUCCUGGUUCUGUUGCCACGGCGACAGGGUCCCGGCCUGUGUUCCACGGCGCUGGUCAGCUACCUCAUCGCCCUGCACAACGAACUGGUCUACUGCGUGGACAAGCACACUGGAGAGGAGACCAGCUACACGGUGAGUCCGGCGGACCUGAGCGACCUGCACGUGAUCCGCUACGAGCCGGAGAGGGAUCUGCUGCCCUUGGUUCUGUCCAACUGCCAGUACAGUGUGGAGCGUGGCCAGGAGGCCCUGCACGAGUACGACCUGCCCAAGAUCCAGCAGCAGAUCCUGGCCCGCUUCCUGCAGGGAAAGCCACUCAUCACCCUCAACGGAAUCCCAACCCUGGUGAACAGACAUGACCGCAAUUAUGAAAAUAUCCUCAAGGACGUGAAAGGAAAGGUUCAACAGGAGCCCCUGCCCAUCCUGACCCUGUCGGCGCUGGCCGGGGAGCUGCAGUCGUACAGCGAGGUGUGUGAGGCGCUCUCCACCGUGGAGGUGGCUCUGGGCUUCCUGGCCAUGACGGGAGGCGAGCCCCAGCUGCAGCUAGAGCGCUACCUGGAGGAGGUUCUGCAGAUGGGAGACCAGACUGGCCCACACAUCCUCAAGGCCCUGAGCAGGUGUAGUCUGAAACACUGUGUGGCCCUGUGGCAGCUCCUCACCUCCCUCAAGUCUGAGAACAUGCUGCGCCUCAAGAGGGACCCGUUUGUGGGGGUGUCAGAGGAAUACAGGAAUCCCCUGGGAGAUGAAGAGCGGAGGCUACUCACUACGUUCUUCACCAAGAGCAGCGCUGAUUCGCUCCUGCUGGAGAUGCACGAGUUUCUGCUGCUGGUCCUGAAGAGCCCCCGUGCCCCCGACACAUACAGGCCUGACUGGGGCCUGAAAGACACCCUGGUGUCCUACAUGGAGCGGAAAGACCUUGACGUUCCCCAUGACGUGGACGAGUUGUUCCCCGGAGAGAUCAACCUGGCUCAGUACAUAGAAGCCUGGAAGUUCACCGUGGCCUUCAAACAGGAGCGCUGCCAGAGAUAGCUCAACCACCUCCUCACUGAUUUUACUCUGCCUUUGGCUAUGUCCCACAUGGAUCCCUAUUCCCUACAUAGUGCACUGCUUUUUUCUCCCUGAAGAGUCAAACAUCAUUUUCAUACUUUUAUUGGUUUUUAGACAGGACAGUAUGAAGUCAGGGGGACAGACUAUGUUGGAGGAAUGACAAGUCGGAAGGGAGCAUAGCCAAAGCUCCAACCCCCAGACUCCGCCAAUGUAGUGCACUACUUUUGACCGACCAGGUUGGGGUGCCAUUUCAGAUGCAGACUUUGUACAGACUUUAUAGUACCAGUAUACUGUAUGUAAGGGCCACAGAUAUGUUUACAAUCACGUUUAAGAAUAGACUUAUAUGAUAUAGAUGCAUUUGUUUUACACAGUGGAACAUGCAAUGAGUGCCUUUUGGGAAAUGCACUUGUAAAUUAAGUUUCAAAGUGCCAGCAGGCAGGUUCUACUCAUGUACAAUACCUAUAAACUGUAUAAUUCUGGUAUCUAAAAGGUCAAAUGUGAUUUGUACAAUGACUGAAGGGGAGGAAAUUACGAAAGCUGUAGUUAGCAAAUAUUUGUCCAUUUGUUUUAUUAGUUGAUAAAUAUGCAAAUCCAGUGGAGGCAGCUGAGAGGAGGAUGGCUCAUAAUGGCAGGAACGGAGCGAAUGGGAUGGCAGCAGACACAUGGAAACCACCUGUUUAUGUAUUUGAUACCAUUCCACCUAUUCCUCUCCAGCCAUUACCACAAGCCCGUCCUCCCCAUUUCAGGUGCCACCAACCUCCUGUAAUGCAUAAAAUGUUUGAUUGCUGAUGGUCUUGUGUGCAUUUUUCCAAUGUGAAUUUCUCUGUCACGUAGUGGAGGGAAAGACUGAAUUCUAUAUCGCUAGACAUUUGGUCUUCGACUCAGGGAUGCAACCAGGUGAGAUGUUGGACUAUAAAUCUGGUGUCUGACAUUUUUAUCUUAACCAAACAGCAAUCAAGAAAAUAAUCAAGAUUUAUCAUAGGUGAUGUUAUCUAAUGGGGGAAAUGAGUUGGCACAUUUCUGAAGCUACCUUGUUAUUAAUAUCUACGGUGUCCCCAAUGGAAAAGUAGGUUUUAAAAUUCACUUUGGCCGUUUAGGGCCACCGUAGAUAUCUAUUUACAUGGCUUUGCCUCAAGUGGUAUGUUUUGUUCUUUCAUAACGGACUCAUCCUCAAUCAUCUACUCAAAAAUGGCAUGACAGUUUCCACUUUCAGAAUCACUGCCUUGCAGAAUAAACCAUGCCCAUUGUAUUUUGCAGUUUAAGUUCCUCUUGUUGAACUUAAAGUUGGACCAAAUGUUGUUUCUGUGUUCCAUUUUAUUGCUGAAGAGCGUGACAUGCAGUGAUUAUUACGUGAAAACAAAAUAAAUUGUUUGCCUCUCAGCAAAUUUUUCUUUGUU